CACGGGCACCUUCCCGUUCCGCCACACGUUUCAUCUAAAAGCCGUUUGUGUGAGGGACAAACCACUGGCUGAUUAUGGACGUGGUGAAUAAAUUUGACAUUUAUUUGUUAUUGACCUCGCCAAGAAUCCAUAGCUGUGUGGGGGCCGUAUUGAAAAAACAGCACUACAGUAUGCGUGUUCGAAUGAAACAAGCUGAAGGCCCGCAGCAGUAGAAGCAACAGAAUCAUGGGCCACCGCCGCUGUCUGUAGAUAUUAUGUGAGUAAGGUGAGCGAGACAGCAGAUCCGCGAGCGAACGAGAGUGCAAGAUAGGUAUCUGUCUUCGUGGAAGCAAUUUUGAGUGGAUUCGAGUUGGGAGCGAAAAAUUAUAUUGCUAGACUAAAAAGUGUACUUCUGGUCAAAAACUGGCCAAAUUUUAGCGUAAUUUAGUGAUACUAGUGCCUACGGAAAGUGCCAGCAGGGAAAUCCUGCAGAUAACGUAUUGUUGGAAUGCAUAAUUGAGUGUAAAUCGGAUCAUAAUCAUCCGGGUAGAGAAGCUGCGGAGGACAGACAAGAAAAUGGAACAAGCAAACGUCGAAAGUCGUUGUCGUCUGUGUUUCUCGGUGGAAGACCUCACUUGCUCCCUUUUUCUAGCGGAAGGUGAACCUAGUCGGGAUUUGAUCGAAAUGAUACUGGAAUGCACCUCCAUACGGAUAACCUUGGAGGAAGACUACCCCUCGAAGGUGUGCGAAAAGUGCUUGGAGACGUUAGACAAGUUUUACCACUACCGACAGCGAUGUCUUCAGAAUGAUAAAAUAUUGAAAUCUCAGCGAAAUUCAUCUAGCAGUAACCGAGGCAAAUUGAUUCAAGUCAAACAAGAGCGAGAAGAUGAGCAGGAAGGUCCUGCUAGUCCAACAUGUCAGUCUCCGGUGCCGCCGGAGCAGCAAGCUCAACCAGUUAAACAGGAGGAUCCUGGAGGUUCGUCCAUUCUCAGAAGCAUACUAUUGCAGAGCCGUGAACCGGGUCGAGCAGAAUCGACUGCCUCAACAGAACAAGAAUUCGAACAAGACAAUCUUGUGCAACCACAGAAAAGUGAACAAACAUUAGAGAAUCAACCAGAAGCGCCACCGGCUUCAUUGCUGCAGCAGAUGCUUCUUCAACAGGGCUUUUCACCUCGGGACAUACAAUCUCCAGCAUCAGCAUCAGCAGUAGCUCAUCCUGGUUCUAGUAGCAAUUCGGAUGCAACGUCGUCACUUUUGAAACGUAUGCUCUUGGAAGGCGGGGGCGGUAAUCCCGAUUGUCCUUCACCGCUAGAAGGGCCUAGCACAAUGAAUCAUAAACAAGAGGAAUCGUCGCCUCCUCCUAGUAAUCACCUUCAACCACAACAGCAGCAGCAGCAACAGCAUGACGAAAAUCAUAACGAAGAACAUUCCGAGACGCCACUAGCAUCGCAGCUGCGGGCGAUUUUGAUGCAGCACCGUGCAGCGGCUGCCGCUGCUGCCGUAGCGGCAGUUUCUGUACCACCCCCGGUCGGCAGCGGUAGUGGUUCGACGGCCACAGCAAACACUGCAGCAGUGGGGACAGCAGCAGCAUCGGAAAAACCGGAAGUUUCCUAUUUGAGAAGUCUGUUUCUACGUAACGAUUCCGAUGCCAACGAGGACAGCGAUAGCGAUACUGAUCGCGACAGACCGACCAGGGAGAUGCUGUUCAACAUGUUUCAGGAGCUGCGAGCGAGAAAUGAGCCACACUCAGACGACUCAGACGACUCGGAGGACCGUGCCUUUGACUAUAGAAUUCCGAGUGUACGCCGGCGCAGUUCCGAGUCCACCACGGAAUCCCGCAAACGUCGCCGUGUGGAUUUCACCUGCUUGCUGUGCGGCCGACCGUUCCUGAAUCGUUCGAAGCUGGUGCUGCACAUGCGAACUCACAUAGCUCCGCCCGAACCCGCACCACCUCCAUCAACGCAACACAACUCGACGACCAGUGUUGCUACGGCAUCGUCCGAAGGUGGUGGUGGUGGUGGUACGGCUGCGACAGCGGCAGCCGUUGCCGUGGCAGCAGCAGCAGCGGCGGCUGCCGUUGCUUCCGCUGCUCCGGGUGCGAAUGCUGAAGACGACGAAGAAAGCCGUCAAAUCGAGUUGCUUGAGAGGCGUUCCUAUGCGUGCUACAUCUGCGGCGCCGAUCAAAACAACCUGCAACAGCUCAAGGAACAUUUGUUACUCGCCCACCAGGAUAGGAUCCGCAGUCGGGGACGUGCCAAGGAAAGACCGAAACCGCUCAUCAAUUGCAACUUCUGCAACCGGCAAUUUCGGAGUCAGUUUGCCUACGGAGAACACCUAAGGACGCACACUGGCGAGCGGCCGUUUCCGUGCGACCAGUGUGAUAAGCGAUUCCCAAGACGCUUCCAGCUGCUAGGCCAUCUCUACAACGUCCACAAGCAGUCGUGGGUGGCGGACGAAUCUAAGGCAAAGUUUGUGAAGAAGUAGCAUUGCUUGUAAAGUAGGAUACGAAUAGACAGGCUGAUCGAACGAUGACACAGGAAAUGCUCCAACAGGAGCUUAGUUUGUUAACAAACCUUUCGUUUUAAUUUUUUUAUUUUAUUUUUUGAUACAUUUAUAACAUUCGAAAUUAUACCUUUUAUUAUCUGUUGAGAAGUAUAGCAUACAAUUUUAUACUGAA